CACACCAACACAUGAUGGACGCCAUCAACGAAACUGAGAAGGCCAGCUGCCUUGAUUGGUCCAACGACUUCAAGGAACAAUGUAGCGCGCUUGCUGCUCGUGAUGACCGUAUUCUUGGCGUAUGUACCUCCUUCCUCAAUAUUUUCGCUACUAACCUAUGUUAUGCAGGCGGAGAUUCCGGGGCAAGAUCAAGAUGGCUAUGAUGCAGAACCUGAUUUCUUCCGGGGAAUGGAUGGUCAUUCUCAGAUUUCCAGACCACAACCUCAGCAGCGCCCGGGGCGCUUCAAGAAACUCAGGCUCGCUAUGACAAGGAAUCCUCAUCCAGUUCCACCACCUGCACCUGCACCUGCACCCACACCAGCACCGCCCAUCGCCCUACCACCUCCCGCUGCCCCCACGACCUUCACAGCCCACGUACGACACCUAUUCACGUGGCGACCCGACCACGCAGCACCACCCGUCGUCGAAGUUCCUUUUGCGUGGGGUCGAAAGCGUAAUGCUGCAGCGGGUGCUCCUCCCGAUGACGAUUCAGAUAUUAUACGUGCUGAAUAUUUCGAUGAUGAUCCACAGCACCCCAAUGCGCAACAGCCCAAUGUGCAACAGCCCAAUACGCAACAACCCGAUACGCAACAGCAACGACAGCCAGUAGCAAUUCCGGUAGAUACUGGGGUACAUGGAGUUCGCAAGUCGUGUUUUUGCUGCUAGCGGCUUUCGUGGUAUUUCUGUUCUGUCGUUGCUCUUGUUUUGCUGCUCCAUCUAUGUUGAUUUGUAGUGUUUUAUUACCAUAUUAUU